AUACAUCAUUUCCGGUUCCGGGUUCUUCUCGCUCAGAGUUUCAAAGAUGGCGGCGGCCGAGUCGGACAGAGAUCCGUCGUCCUCGAUAUGCUCCGAGUUCCUCCACUUCGACGCCAAAGACACCGCGUCGCGGUGGCUGGCAGCGGCUGACCUGCAGCAGGAGGUGUAUCAUCAUCUGGCCUCCUAUGUACCCAGAAUCCUUUGUGUGGGGCCCAGCAGCAGCGGGAGCAGCAAGGAGGAGCAGCGGGAGGAGCAGAGGGAGGAGCUGGCCUGCCAGCUGCUCCUCCUGGCUCCUCUGGAGUGGUUCCUGCUGAGGGAGGAGCCUGCAGCCGGUCUGGCCCUCCUCCAGGAGAACAACCAGCCCUCCCCGCUGUGUGGACACGUGUUCAAGGUGGGAGAACCCACCUACUCCUGCAGGGAGUGCGCGGCCGACCCCACAUGUGUUCUGUGUAUGCAGUGUUUCCUGGGCAGCGUUCACAAAGAGCAUCGUUACAGGAUGACCACUUCAUUAGGAGGAGGUUUCUGUGACUGUGGAGAUGCCGAAGCCUGGAAGAAGGGUCCUUACUGCCAGAAACACACUCCUACAGACAGCAGCAGAGACACAGAGGAGGACCCUGUAGCCCAGCUUCCCCCCGACCUGGUUGCCCGUGGUUACAGCAUCUUCUCCAUCAUCCUGAAGUACGCUGUGGACAUGCUGACCUGGGAGCAGGAGGACCAGCUGCCUGCAGGCCUGGAGCCGCCGGAGCGAGGCGACAGCUACUACUGCAUGCUGUUCAACGAUGAGGUGCACACCUACGAGCAGGUGAUCUACACCCUGCAGAAAGCCGUCAACUGCAGCCAGAAGGAGGCCGUGAGCUUCGCCACCACCGUGGACCGAGACGGCAGGAAGUCGGUGCGUUACGGUGACUUUCAGUUCUGCGAACAGGCCAAGUCUGUGAUCGUGAGGAACACCAGCCGCCAGUCGAAGCCCCUCCGGGUGCAGGUGAUGCACUCCUCUGUGGUGGCUCACCAGUGUUUUGCCCUGAAGGCUCUCAGCUGGCUGGGGCAGAUCAUCCAGUACUCCGAUGGUCUCAGGAGGAUCUUGUGUCAGGUCGGCCUUCAGAAGCAGUCAGAAGAGGAGAGUUCCUCUCUGGUUGAUCGGCUGAUGCUCAAUGACUCCAAGAUGUGGAAAGGAGCCAGGAACAUUUACCACCAGCUGCUCAUGAACAGUCUUCUCAUGGACUUAAAGUACAAGAAGAUAUUCGCCAUCCAGUUUGCCAAGAACUACAGACGCCUGCAGACAGAUUUUAUGGAGGACGACCACGAGCGCGUGGUGUCCGUGACGUCACUGUCAGUGCAGCUCUUCACCGUCCCCACCGUGGCCCGGAUGCUGAUGGUGGAGGAGAACCUGAUGACCACCAUCAUCAGGACCUUUGUGGACCACCUCCGGCACAGAGACCUGCAGGGGCGUUUCCAGUUCGACCGCUACACGGCUCAGCAGGCCUUCAAGUUCGGACGGGUCCAGAGUCUCAUCGGGGACCUGAAGUACAUCCUGAUCAGUCCUCCGACUCAGUGGAGCGAUCAGCUCAGGCUGAAGUUCCUUGAAGGUCUGGAAGCUUUUCUCAAGUUGCUGAAGUGCAUGCAGGGUAUGGACCCGGUGGUGAGGCAGGUGGGACAGCACAUCGAGAUGGAGCCUGAGUGGGAGGCGGCCUUCACCCUGCAGAUGAAACUCACUCACAUCAUCUCCAUGAUCCAAGAGUGGUGCUCCACGGACGAGCGGGUCCUCAUCGAGGCCUAUAAGAAGUGUCUGAGCGCGCUCACUGAGUGUCAGGGCGGCCUGGCAGAUGGCGAGCAGCCAAUCAGCUUGAGUCUGGCCGGUCACUGCGUGGAGACGUUCAGGUGUCAGGUGUCUCAGGACAAAGUGUCCAUCCACCUGCCCGUGUGCAGACUGCUGGCAGGGCUGCAUGUCCUCCUCAGCAGGACGGAGGUGGCGUCUCGUUACCCGGAGCAGCUUCCUCUGGGUGAACUCAGCCCUCCCCUCCUCAUCGAACUGCCCCUGCGCUGCCUGGUGCUCUGCGCCCAGGUGCAUGCUGGGAUGUGGAGGAGGAACGGCUUCUCCCUCAUCAACCAGAUCUAUUAUUAUCACAACGUGAAAUGCAGAGUGGAGAUGUUCGAUAAAGACAUCGUCAUGCUCCAGGCGGGGGCGUCCAUGAUGGAUCCAAACCACUUCCUGAUGAUCGUCCUGAGCCGAUUUGAGCUCUUCUACAUCUUCAGCUCCGCAGACAUCAGGAAGAGAUACAGAGAGGCCAACAAGGACCUGGUCCAGCAGAACACUCUGAUCGAGGAGAUGCUUCAUCUCAUCAUCAUGGUCAUUGGUGAGCGGUACGUGUCCGGCGUGGGACAGGUGGAGUCCUCGGAGGACGUCCGAAGAGAGAUCAUCCACCAGCUGUCCAUCAGACCCAUGUCUCACAGCGAGCUGGUGAAGGCCCUGCCCGAAAACGGCAACAAAGAAACGGGCGUGGAGAGAGUCAUCGACAGCGUGGCUUCAUUCAAGAAGCCCGGUGUGACGGGGCGGGGUCUCUAUGAACUCCGCCCGGAGUGGAACAAACACUUCAACUUGUACUUCCAUCACUACAGCAGAGCCGACCAGUCCAAGGCUGAGGAGGCUCAGAGGAAGCUAAGGCGACAGAAAGGAGAAGACACAGCCCUGCCGCCCCCUCUCCCACCCCCCCUCUGCCCUCUGUUCGCCAGCCUGGUGAACCUGCUGCAGUGCGACGUCCUGCUGGCUGUAGAGGGCGCUGUGCUCCAGUGGGCCGUGGAGCCCAGCGGGGGAGGAUGGACCGAGUCCAUGUUGCAGAGGGUGCUCCACCUGGUGGGCUUGGCUCUCCUGGAGGAGCAGCAGCAGCUGGAGAACUGCAGCGGAGAAGAAGACGUCACCUUCAAUUACACCUCCAAGAUCACACGUCCCGGAGAAGCUCCCAGUACCUCAGGGAGUGUCCUGGCCCUGCUGGAGAGUCUGCAGAACGCUCCUCACCUGGAGGUCCACAAAGACAUGAUCACCUGGAUCCUCAAGUUGGUGUCCAACAUCAAAACCAUGAGAGAGCGGACGUCAUCGGCCUCCUCCAUCACCAUCAGCCAGGGCGGCGGUCUGGAGGAGACGCUCAGGGACAAAGACAAGGCCGAGAGGAAGAGGAAGGCGGAGAUGGCUCGGCUGCGCAGAGAGAAGAUCCUGGCCCAGAUGUCCGAGAUGCAGAAACACUUCAUCAAUGAGAACAAAGAGCUCUUUCAGCAGAGUCUGGAGGAGCUGGAGGCGUCCACGUCGGCCGCGGAGCUCAGUCCUCCCAGCUCCGCACUCACCUGCGCGUCUCAGGUGUGCGUCGGACCGAGACGAGUGGGCGGGGCCGAGCGCCGUCAGCCGGUGACCUGUAUCCUGUGUCAGGAGGAGCAGGAGGUCAGAGGUCACGGCAGGGCCAUGGUGCUGGCGGCGUUCGUCCAGAGGUCGACGGUUCUGUCCAAGAACCGCCAGCGCGGCCUGCCCAGCUCAGAGCACCUGGACCCCGUCUUCAUGCACCCCGACCUGUCCCUGGGGACUCACACCGCCAGCUGUGGACACAUCAUGCACGCCACCUGCUGGCAGAGGUACUUUGAGGCAGUGCAGCUGAAGGAGCAGCGGCGGCAGCAGCGACUCCGGGGACACACCAGCUACGACGUGGAGAACGGCGAGUUCCUGUGUCCGCUGUGCGAGUGUCUGAGCAACACCGUGAUCCCCCUGCUGCCACACACACACACCCCCGACCACAGUGUUGACCAUCCCAGCCUGGAGGCGUGGCUUACAACAACCAAUCAGCAGAUAGCAGCACUCAGAUCUGCCUACAGGCGGCAGUCCGACGGUGUGUCCGAGGGGGCGGAGCCUGCUGUUCCUGAAGGAUUCAGACUUGAUUUCACGCCACAGAACCCGUUCUCCAGCAGCGUCAGUGAGAUGAUCACCACCUUCAGCAUGUCCACGUACAAGGUCGGCCUGAAGGUCAACCCCAACGAGCAGGACGCCAGAGUCCCCGUGCUGAGCUGGGCCACCUGCGCCUACUCCAUCCAGAGCAUAGAGCGCCUCUUGAUGGACGAAGAGAAGCCGUUGUUUGGAAGUCUACCCUGUCGACAGGACGACUGUCUGAGCUCUCUGACUCGGCUCGGUUCCGCCUGUUGGACCACGGCGCCACUGAAGACUGUUCACACUCACUUCAUCAGGCUCCUCUCAGCCCUGGUUCCAGACUCUCAGGUGGAAAACUCUCCGUGUCUUCUGGACGUCGACAUGUUUCACCUGCUGGUGUAUUGCGUGUUGUCCUACAGCUCAGUCCAUGCUUUGGACCAAUCGGGACGCACCGUGGUUGACUCAGGCCACCUUCACCUCCUCCAGCUGGUCACUGUGGCUCACCUGGUCCAGAUCCUGCUCUCUUCCAUUACAGAGGAAGCGUUCAUGGAGCAGGACAGCGGCAGUUCAGAGGAGGAGCAGCUCACCUGGCAGCUCUACAGCACCCUGAGGACACACCUGACCGGUGUGCUGCCUGAGGUGUCCUCUGGGUGGCAGCUGUGGCAUCGCCUUAAAGCAGGAGUCCUGCCGUUCCUCAGAGCCGCUGCUCUCUUCUUCCACUACCUGAACUCUGCAGCGCCCCCUGCUGAACUCCUGGUUGCAGGUCCAGGUCAGUGGGAGGCGCUGUGCAGCUACCUCAGUCUGCCCUCCAACCUGCUGCUGCUUUACUGCAAUCAGCACACACUGCUGGAGCCACUCAUCCAAAGGUGGUGCUGUCAUCCAGGUGUGAGGCAGACCCUUCAGGGGGGCGGAGUCAUUGUCAGAUUUCCCAGAGAGUCAAACCGACUGAUCAGCCUGCCAGAAGACUACAGCGUCCUCAUAAACCAGGCGUCCAGCUUCACGUGUCCUCGCUCAGGUGGGGACAAGUCUCGGGCUCCCACGCUGUGCCUGGUGUGCGGCGCCAUGCUGUGCUCCCAGAGCUACUGCUGUCAGACGGAGGUGGACGGAGAAGACGUGGGGGCGUGCACCGCACACACCUUCACCUGCGGAGCGGGCCUGGGGCUCUUCCUCAGGGUCCGCGAGAGUCAGGUGUUGUUUGUUGCGGGUAAAACAAAGGGCUGUUUUUAUCCUCCGCCGUACCUGGACGACUACGGAGAGACUGACCAGGGCCUCAAGCGCGGCAACCCCCUCCACCUCUGCACGGAGCGCUACAGGAAGAUCGAGCGUCUGUGGCGGCAGCACGGCGUCGCGGAGGUCAUAGGUCACGCUCAGGAGGCCAAUCAGACGCUGGUCGCCAUCGACUGGCAGCACCUGUGACCCCCUGCUCGGCCCCGCCCCCCUGCGCUCAGCCUGUCUUCCCUGAUAGAAACCAGUCCAGGAGUGUUUUUAGGGUGGAGACCUUUGACCCUCCUGUCCCAGUUGACCAAUCAGAGAACAGGAAGUUUUUGUGAAGCCCCGCCCACCUCCAGCAGUUGUUCACUCUCUGGAUCACCAUCAAACAAUCACGGAAUGCGGGGAUGUCUGAGAGGCUCAGUUUCCAUGGCAACAGAAGUGGUAGGCGCCACAUGCUUUCAGUCACUUAGUUACUUCGUCGUCAAAGAAUCUGAUUACUAGUGAACCAGAGGAGAAGCUGCAGACAGCUGCUUCCUGUCACCUGAUUGGUUGAUAAGUGGAUCGUUCUGCUGGAGUCAGGCGAGGGGGUGUGGUCUCCAUGGCGAUGGCAUUCCAGCCUUCACCUUAUGCAUCACAUGACCUGAAAACUGAUCUCUGAUUGGCUGCGUGUUUCAGAGGAGGCGGAGCUUCAACUUUUACGUUAGUUUAAAACAGGUGGCGUUCUGCACGACGCCACUUCCUGUCGGUGUGUUUUGUUUUCAAAUUAACUUUAACCAUUUACGUGAUGUUUUAUUUCUCUGGAGGCUCGGCUGAUGGUGUGGACAGUGGGUUGCCACGGCGAUGCAUCAUUAUCUCUGAUGGCGUGUUAAUAUGUGAAUUCUUGUAUAAAUAUUGUAUAAGAACAAUAAAAAGUGUGAAAGAAC